AUGUCUUUUGAUGAACGUGAUAAAAUCAUUCUCACAAUUAUAUGCAGUGUCAUCAGUUUUGUAUUUAUUAUUAUUAUUAUUUGUUUUAUUAUUUGGUUAAUUAUUCAUCAGUAUCGUUCGAAAAAUCAAGACAAGGGGUCAAUCGACAGACAUCCGCCGUCGCCUAUUCCAACAUAUCAUCGGACACAGAAAAUUCCGCCGGUUAGUAAUACUCAUCAUAUUAAAGGAAAAAAACGACGAAGAUUCAAUACGAAUGAGUCAACAAUCACUUUAUCUUUCGAUCCUCCGCAUUUGAUUAAUCAAAAUGUGAAAAAUUUACAGAAAUUACUCAACAACGAAUCAACAUUGACCGCGAGCUCGUGGCACUAUGAAGAAACUUUUCCGAAGCGAUAUUGUUGUCACCAAAAUCUAUCGAGUGAGCCUGUCUAUGCGUCAUCUUCCACUGUCUUAACAUCUGUGUCAAAUCUCGCAUUUCCAUCUACUCGACCCUCACAUCCAAAUAUUCAUUUCCUAAGUGAACUUGAUCAUGUUCUACGAUCAAAGCAAAAUGUUCGACCUAAAUCUUCAUUAAAACAUUCUCAAAGUUGCCGGCAACCGACAGACUUAUUACCAUUUGAUUAUUACCGUGCGGAUACUUCACCGUCGACUAUCACGGGCACAAAUUCAAGUAGUAGGAAUUCGUUUGAACCUACUCAUGACUCUACGAGAAAGUAUCCGAAUACCACAUUAGCGCGAAAGGCCCGAUUAGGUCAAUUACGAGAUGACACGGCUAUUUUGUAUUGA